AUAUCUCAUUCUUUUCAUCAUAGUUCUCUUUAAGAAUGCAGUUGUGAUGUUUGGUGAGAGCGCCACUCGCAGCUUACAGGCUGGCAGUUACAGGUUGGUGGUGCUGGGCUUGUGUUCCAGGGUUUGGCACUUGGAGCUGCGCGGCUCACGGUCUUGAGAGAGAGAGAGGGAGAAGCGCUGUGCACAGGCUGUGGAAUGAGAGCCGAGUCCCCUCUGCUGCGAGAAGGGAUAUGCUGAUGAUUUUCCGAACACCAGUCGCCGCCUUGUAAUCUGUUUAUCUGGUACAUUUAACAAUCCGAGCGCGGAUGCUGCUGCUGAUGAAGACUGCAAGCAGGUGCACAGACAGUGUGACAAUUGGAUACAAAGUCUCCGUAUCAAGAGAAGAAUGAGAAAAGGAUACUGCAGGAGUCUGUGAAUCCCCAAUGGAUGUUAUUUUUUUUUGAAGUGUCAAUUCUUCAGUAUUUCUGAUGAUAUGCUGAUUGGGAUUAUCCUAGAAGUGCUUCUUCAAUUCCUUUCUCUUGCUCUGAUCCACAAGGCUUUGAAUGGUUCCAUGGAGUCCUUGAAGUUGAGCGAAGGUGUGUUUCGGGGAAACAGCUUGACUGCCUGUUUGUAGCCCCCUCCCCUGCACUGGCUUUUUUAUUGUCUUUCUGGAGAAAUUUCCAUUGGUCAAGGGAUGGAUUUACCAUCGGAAAUGAGCAAGCAUGGGAAGAAGUUAUCAAGUCACAAGCUGGAAGAUCAGAAAAAGAUUUACACUGAUUGGGCCAAUCACUAUCUUGCCAAGUCUGGUCACAAGAGGCUGAUCAAGGACCUACAGCAGGACAUUGCAGACGGAGUUCUAUUGGCAGAUAUCAUCCAGAUCAUUGCCAAUGAAAAGGUUGAAGACAUCAAUGGCUGUCCUGGGAGUCAAUCUCAAAUGAUUGAGAAUGUUGAUGUCUGCCUCAGCUUUCUGGCAGCCCGAGGAGUGAAUGUACAGGGUCUUUCAGCAGAAGAAAUAAGGAAUGGAAAUUUAAAAGCCAUUUUAGGGCUCUUUUUCAGCUUGUCCCGCUACAAACAGCAGCAGCAGCAGCAGCAGCAGUAUUAUCAGUCCCUGGUGGAACUUCAGCAGCAAGUAAGCCAGCAGUCUUCGGGUGCCAUUCCAAGCAGCCAGCAAAAGACACAAGACAUGCAAUCCAGUCUGGCAGCCAGAUAUGCAACUCAGUCCAGCCACAGUGGGAUAGCAAGCAGUCAGAAAAAGAACACAAGGCUUCCUGGGCCCUCAAGGGUGCCAGCUGCAGGCAGCAGUACCAGCAAGGUCCAAGGAGCUUCAAACCUGAACAGGAGGAGCCAGAGCUUUAACAGCAUAGACAAAAACAAGUCUCUCCAAUAUGCAAGCAGCACAGAGAAAGAAUCAGUGAAAGGACUUCCACAGCCAGGAGGCAUGAACGGGAACGUCCAAACCCCCACCAGCACCGGGCAGCAGCAGGUCUCUGCCAUCCCCUCUCCCAGCGCCAACAAGCCUUGGCGGAGCAAAUCCAUGAACAUGAAACACACAGCCACGUCCCCCAUGCUGUCCGUGAAGCAGCCCAGCCCGGCAACCUCACCACCCCCUGCCUCAGACCGGCUCAAACCGCCCAUUUCUGAGGCGGCCAAGGCCUCAAGCACCGGACAGAAAUCCAUGCUGGAGAAAUUCAAACUGAUCAACAGCAGGACUGCUUCCAGGCCACCCCUGUCCCCCAGCUCGGGGCCCAGUGGGGAGGGGGGAGGGAGGGAAGACAGCGUUUUAUCAGAGUGCGGGGAGACGGAUGGUCUCAGCAGUGGUCUGAAUAGUGGGGGCUCUACAGGUAGCAGCUCCAAGCAGUCAACCAAGGUGACGACACCACCUUCGAAAACUGCCAGCAAAACUCUGAGCAAUAAGAAGUCGCUACCCCAACCUAAGGACAAAGAGGAUAAGAGUAAGAGCAAAGGGAAGGCUGGCACACCAAGCAAAGAGGAGAAAGAACUGCCUGUAGAACCUGCAAAGAAAACCUCAAAAAUCGCCAGCCUCAUCCCAAAGGGAGGGAAGGCCUCUGCAGUCAAGAAGGAAAACUCCCUCCUUGCUUCAAGUGGAAUACCAAAACCUGGAUUGAAAGUGGCUGCACCCACAGGAAAGACAGUAGCCAGCCCUACCAGCGUGGGGGCCAAAGAUACUGAGAAAUCAAGGACGGGGAAAGGGAACCAGAGCCUCUAUGUUCAAAAAUCCCCAGCUGAUGGCAGGACCCCAGGCAGCCUGGCUUCAGCGGAGGGGAGAAGGACCAGCAUGGUUUCAUCAACAAGCACUUCCGCACUUUCGGCUGCCAUGGUGAUGGCAUGUGGACAGUUGGGGGGAUACGGAAUUGUCCAGCUCCCACAGCAGCAGCAAUACAACCACCCCAACACGGCUACAGUCGCUCCCUUUAUGUACAGAACCUACUCUGAAAAUGAUUGUACCGCUGUUGGCCCUGCUGACUGCCGUGUCAGCCCCACGAAAGCAGAUCAGUAUUACAACAAGACUGCCAAACAGUGCCUGGAGGAGAUAUCUGGGGAGGACCCUGAAACAAGAAGAAUGCGAACAGUGAAGAACAUUGCAGAUCUGAGGCAAAACUUGGAAGAGACAAUGUCCAGCCUUAGAGGGACCCAGAUCAGUCACAGCACGUUGGAAACGACAUUUGACAGCACAGUGACCACGGAGGUGAACGGCAGGAGUAUACCUAGCCUGACCAGCCGAUCGUCACCCAUGGCCUGGAGGCUGGGUCAGUCAAGUCCCAGGCUGCAGGCGGGCGACGCCCCCUCACUGCCCAGCGGAUACCCACCUCGCAGCAACAGCAGUCGCUUCAUGCACACGGACCCCUCGCGCUUCAUGUACACAACCCCCCUGCGGAGAGCCACGGGGGGAGCCCGGGCCGGGAACCUGACUCACAUGGACCUGAGCGAGAAGGGAGGAGGGGACCUUGACGUGCCUGAGGAGGUGGAUGUGACGGGUUACAUGAGCGAUGGGGACCUCCUCAGCAAGAACAUGAGGACAGAUGAAAUCAGCAGUGGAUAUCUGACUGAUGGAGGGCUCAAUGUGUACUCCCGCAAUAUGAACCGCAUUCCAGACCUGGCCUCCUCACGCGAUGUGAUCCAGAGGGGGGUGAAUGAGGUGAUGGGGGACACAGACAGCUGGGAUGACAGCAGCUCUGUGAGCAGUGGUCUCAGUGACACCCUGGACAACAUCAGCACUGAUGACCUGAACACAGCAUCGUCUGUCAGCUCCUAUUCCAACAUUGCUGCAUCUCCGCGGAAGAGCAAGGGCCCUCAGUUAAAGACAGACUCGGAAAAGCACUCCGUCCCAGACAAUGAGAAUUCUUGGGGCAGUCCUGAAGAUCUGAAGAAAGCUGAUGAGUUUGACAGCAGUAUGGAUUCCAGUAACAAGUGGAAGGGUAACUCCUCUGGGCAUUAUGAAGACUCAGAGAAAGGAGGGCAGAAGACAACCUUAUCUGUUUCUCAGACAGGAUCCUGGAGAAGGGGCAUGACGGCACAAGUCGGGAUAACGCCACCUCGGACCAAAACUGCAACCGGCACUCUCAAAACACCAGGUAAAACAGAUGAUGCCAAGGCUUCUGAAAAAGGAAAGGUUCCCUCCAAAAGCAUACAGCGGUCUCCCUCUGAUGCAGGGAAAAACAGCGGGGAUGAAGGGAAGAAGCCACCCUCUGGCAUAGCCAGGCCGCCCACCACUGGCUCUUUCGGGUUUAAGAAGACAGGGUCUGGAGCUCUGAUUACUGCCAGUGGAGCCACCGUAACCAGCGGUUCAGCCACACUGGGGAAAAUCCCCAAGUCUUCAGCCAUUUCCGACAAGGGAAACGGAGGGCGCAAAACCAGCCUGGAUGGCUCCCAAAACCAGGAUGAUGGGGUUUUGCUGGUGAGCUCGAAAAACCCCCUGCAGUACCGCAGCCUGCCUCGCCCUGCCAAGUCCAGCUCCAGCGGGAUUGUGGCGCGGGGAGGGCACCGCUCCAGCUCCAGCAGUAUUGACUCCAAUGUUAGCAGCAAAUCAAGCGCCGCUUCCAGUACCAAACGUAGGGAGCCCACCAAGAUGGGUUCAGGCCGAUGCAGCCCUGUAACCAUCAACCAGACCGAUAAAGAGAAAGUGUCCGUCUCGGACUCGGAGAGCGUCUCUCUGUCUAGCUCUCCUAAAUCGAGUCCCACCUCCACCAGCCAGACAAGCUUAAGACAGCCAGGCUGCAAAUACCCAGACAUCGCCUCCCCUACCUUCCGCAGAUUAUUUGGCACCAAAGCCAGCAGCAAGCCAAGCUCUACAGCCAGCCCAGAGUCAAAAAGCUCCACAGUGAUCAGCAAUCCUCAUGCUACGCUGACAUGGCAAGGAAGCCUGGAGUCUCCCUCAUCGGGCACAGGCAGCAUGGGCAGUGCGGGUGGGCAAAGCGGAGGGAACAGCCCGCUCUUCAAUAAACCCCCGGACCUGACCAUGGACGUGAUCAGCCUGAACCAGUCCCUGGCCUCCAGCCCUGCGUCCGUUCACUCCCUGACCUCGGGGGGCAAACAGUGGUCCACCAACCUCAGCAGCUCCUCGGCCGGCAGCAAAGACACUCUGAGCUACCAGUCUCUGACCAGCCUGCACACCAGCUCCGAGUCCAUCGACUUCCCCGUCGGCCACCACGGAUCCCUGAGCGGGCUGACCACAUCUCCCAAAGAGGUGCACGGCCUGCUGAUGAGAACUGGCAGCGUCAAGUCCACUGUCUCAGAGGGCAUGCAGCUUGACAGAAACACUCUCCCCAAAAAGGGACUAAGGUACACCCCCUCGUCUCGGCAGACCUCACAGGAGGAGGGGAAGGAGUGGCUGCGCUCUCACUCGACCGGAGGACUGCAGGACACAGGCAGCCAGUCUCCCCUGGCUUCCCCCUCGGCUAUCUCCUCUUCCACAGCCGGGAAGUACCACUACUCCAACCUGGUGAGCCCUACAAAUCUGUCCCAGUUUAACCUUCCUGGACCCAGCAUGAUGCGCUCAAACAGCAUUCCAGCGCAGGAGUCUUCGUUUGACUUGUAUGGGGGCUCGCACGUCCUGGGUGGCAGUGCCGUGUCUCUGGAGGAGCAGCCCAGAGCCAUGAGCCGGUCAGAGUCUUUCAGAGACAGCAUGGAGGAAGUCCAUGGCUCUUCAUUGUCACUGGUUUCCAGUACUUCAUCCCUAUAUUCAGCUACUGAAGAAAAGGCACAUUCAGAGCAAAUAAGAAAGCUGCGGAGAGAGCUUGAUGCCUCCCAGGAAAAGGUUGCUACAUUAACUUCUCAGAUGUCAUCAAAUUCUCAUCUAGUAGCUGCUUUUGAAAAGAGCUUAAGCAACAUGACCUGCCGCCUGCACAGCCUGACAACGACAGCUGAACAAAAGGAGUCUGAGCUGGUAGAGUUAAGAGAAACCAUUGAAUGUCUGAAAACACAGAACACUGAUGCACAGACGGCCAUCCAGGUAGCACUGAACGGUCCUGACCACUUACAUAAAGACCUGCGAAUCAGACGGCAGCACUCCUCGGACAGCGUCUCCAGCAUGAACAGUGCUACGAGCCUCUCAAGUGUGGGCAGCACAAACGAUGCUGAAGCCAAGAAGAAGAAGAAGAAGAGCUGGGCAAAGGCAAAAGGACACAAGGUCGCAGAUUCCUUUCCAGCCCAGCUGAGGAGCUCGUUCAAGCAGGCUUUUGGUAAAAAGAAAUCUACAAAGCCCCCUUCUCCACAUUCAGACAUUGAAGAGCUCACUGACUCCUCACUUCCGUCGUCGCCCAAGCUGCCCCAUAGCUCAAAGCAGGAUGGCAUUCCAUCAAUGAAAACAUCCCAGUCGGCAUCCGAUGAGUGUAAUUGUGUUAAAUCCUCUUCAAUUUGGAUACCAAAGAAAAGGCAAAAUGGCCAUGUGAGCUACAAGCACAGAUCUCGGCUGUGUGAGUGCACAGAGGCUGAGGCCGAGAUCAUUCUGCAGCUGAAGAACGAGCUUCGAGAGAAGGAGCUCAAGCUGACUGACAUCCGCCUAGAGGCUCUGAGCUCAGCACACCACCUCGACCAGAUCCGGGAGGCCAUGAACAGAAUGCAGAAUGAAAUUGAAUUACUGAAAGCCGAGAACGACAGGCUGAAGUUGAGUGGAAGCCCAACCCCUGCGGCCGCCAGGGAAAAGACUGGACGGCCCCCCUCAGAAACGUCAAGCACCUCCUCCUCGUCUUCCUCCCGGCAGUCUUUGGGACUGUCUCUGAACAACCUCAAUGUCACAGACACCAUCAUGUCGGAUGUUCUGCUGGAUGAUGGAUAUGAAGGAACGAUGUGCAAGGAAGGCCGCAGUGUGAGGAUUGUCGUUACAAUCCAUAGAGGUUCAAAUAGCACAAAGCAGGAUGUCAAGUGUCAGGAGUAUCUCAUUGGGUCAAUAGGUGUGAGUGGGAAGACCAAAUGGGAUGUACUUGAUGGAGUCAUCCGACGAUUAUUCAAGGAAUACAUUUUCCGUGUGGAUCCUCUAACAACCCUGGGCCUGAACUCAGACAGCAUUGUGAGCUACAGAAUAGGGGAUAUUGUCAGAGCCCACAAUGUGGAAAUCCCUGAAUUGCUGCCUUGUGGAUACUUGGUUGGCGUCAAUAAUGUGAUCGCUGUGAACCUCAAAGGUGUUAAAGAGAACAGUAUUGACAGUUUGGUGUUUGACACACUAAUCCCCAAAACAAUUUCACAGCGGUACCUUAACCUGUUAAUGGAACACAGAAGAAUAAUCCUGUCCGGACCCAGUGGAACCGGCAAAACCUUCCUGGCCAACAAGCUUGCAGAAUACGUAGUGUGCAAAUCUGGGAGGGAAAACAGAGAAGGAAAUAUAGCAAGCUUUAAUGUGGACCACAAGUCUAGCAAGGAGUUGAGGCAGUAUUUAUCAAAUCUUGCAGAUCAGUGCAACUCUGAAGGAAAUGAAGCUGAUCUCCCAGUAGUGGUUAUACUUGAUAACCUCCACCAUAUUGGUUCUCUCAGUGACAUCUUUAAUGGAUUCCUGAACUGUAAAUACCAUAAAUGUCCUUAUGUUAUUGGAACCAUGAACCAGGCUGUCUCUUCAUCGCCAAACCUUGAGCUCCACCACAACUUCAGGUGGGUGUUGUGUGCCAAUCAUACAGAACCAGUAAAGGGGUUCCUGGGCCGAUACCUCAGGAGAAAACUCAUUGAGACAGAGAUCGACAAGAACAUGAGGAACAAUGAUCUCAUCAAGAUCAUUGAUUGGAUCCCCAAAACUUGGCAGCACCUCAACACCUUCCUUGAGGCCCAUAGUUCCUCCGAUGUCACCAUCGGUCCCAGACUCUUCCUGUCUUGUCCUAUGGAUGCAGAUAGCUGCAGAGUGUGGUUCACAGACCUGUGGAACUAUUCCCUGGUACCGUACCUGCUGGAGGCUGUGAGAGAGGGGCUUCAGCUGUAUGGUAAAAGAGCUGCAUGGGAAGACCCUUCAAAAUGGGUCAUUGAUACCUAUCCGUGGAGCUCUGCAUCCCUGCAGCACGACUGGCAGUCUCUGCUUCAGCUCCGGCCCGAAGAUGUGGGAUAUGAAGGGUACACCUCAGCCAAAGAGGGAGGCUCCUGCAAGCAGGUUUCACAAAGUGACACAGAGGGUGAUCCACUGAUGAACAUGUUAAUGAGACUGCAAGAGGCUGCCAAUUAUUCAAGUGCACAAAGCUGUGACAGCGACAGCACUGGCCACCACGAUGACUUACUGGACUCGUCGCUGGAAUCUACUCUGUAGAGGAGGGCGAGAAGUAAUGGGAUUGAGGAGAACUUAGAGAUAAAAAAGAAACCUGUUCCACUGCCAGUGCAAGUAAAAGCAACACACCAGAGACUUGAAACGGGAAUGGAGUUUUGCAGGGAGCCAGGAGCUUUUUUCAGAGAAGCUGAGUAGAUUGAAAAGUUCAGAUUUAAUUAUGAAUUCAAAGUAUUUCCAUAAUAAUGGAAUGACAGGCCUCCAUUUGUCUACUGGAAAAAAUGCCCAAAUGAAGGGCACUUAAAAAACAAAAACAAAAAAAAACUGGAAUUAGUUUUUCUUUUACAGUUUCCUGUUGUUUGUUAUUGACUGCUAACUUUUACAGGGCGCUCUGUUGUUUAUUUUCCUGAGGUGCAGUCUAACCUGAACAGCCUGCGCUGUUCUCAUCCAAUCCGGACCUCAGUUGUGCCACAUGGUGCUGGUCACAUGACUAUACCAGUCUUUGGUUUACACCACCGCCCAUUCCGAGAUCCAUGCAACCUGUUCAUGACAAGCACAAGCGGCAUUGUGCAAAUCCAAACAACCACUACUGUGAAACACUGGACAAGUGCCAAUCGUACCUUAUUAGAGCUGUCAAGUGCACAGUGCUGUAUACACCCACAGUUACUGCAUAGUUUACCAAUAGACAUUGUUCUUUCUUUCUUUUUUCUUUUGAUAAUUUAUGACACAAGUGGUAUGCAUGUCAUCCACCCAACCUUUACAGAUGUAUAGCAUUAUACCAAUAGAAAGCUGUGAAAGGCUGUAUUUCAGCAUUCACUGUAUUAUUAUUAUUAUUAUUAUUAUUAUCAUUAUUAUUAUUAUUAUUAUUAUUAUUAUUUAAGAACCUAAGCAAGAAGGGAACAAAUUUGAUAAUGGUGCUUUCUAACUGCCUUAAAGUUCCUAGCAAAUUUCUAAGAACUUGCAGUUUAUACUUUGAACCACAGAUCAUGUCCAUUAUUCUUUUCAGGAAAUACAGUAUGAAAGUGUGUGUGUAUAUAUAUAUAUAUAUAUAUAUAUAUAUAUAUAUAUAUAUAUAUAUAUAUAUACACACACACACACACUUAUUCUUUCUCACAGAAGAAUAACUUAAUAUCUUUUCAGCUUAUGUUUUUUAAGGAGGAAAAAAAGAUAAAAAGAGAGUAGUUACUAAGAUUUUUCAACCCUUGCGAAUAGGGUUGGCUGUCUAGCUUGGAAGCAACACUUUACCAGAACUCACAUCUACUGCUACAUGUUUUAUUUGUAUUUUAUUAUAUAUUUCUUUUACUUUAGAAUCUAAAAUAGGCUAUAACUAAAACAUUAAGAUUUUUUAAAAAACAAGCAUUUGAUGGGAGGGGUGUUUUGAGUUUUUUUGCCCAGCUGAGCUGGGAGCACUUGAAUCAGCAUGAGCACAAGUUUGAUUUUAUAGCUCCAGAGCACGUUGUUUUGAUUUUUCUAAAUGUACAUGAAAAUUUUACUUUUACAAAUUGAAUGAAGCAGUGUAGAAGGAGAGGAAGGUUUAUUGUGUUUUAGUUUUGAAAAUAGAUAAAUAAAUACAUGUGGGUUGGUUUUGCACAGUUUAUUGGGGUGGGGUGUAAAUAAGAAGUCUUGCACAGUGAAAGAAUGAUGCAUUCUGCCCUAUUGGUGUCAACAUAUGCUUAACUUGCUGAGAUUUCUUGUACUUUUCCAAAAAAAAUUAUUCUAAAGAAAAAUGCAAACCUAAAAGCUAGUACAACAGGUGUGCGUUGUCCUGUAAUGAUUGGUUGUCUUGCCUAUGCAGGGGCUUCAGAAUAUAUAGAAGCAUGUGCCAGUUUGAUAACGUUACGUUGAAACAAAAAUGCAUACACUGUUAAGGAGGCCAAGCAUGUUUUUUAAUACCUCUGUUGAAAUGAAGCAAAAAAAAAACUAAACAAUGAAAUAGCCAAGAGAAAAACAAUUCAAUCACAAAAGCAAGCAAAACAAAUACUGAGCCUGUACAAAAUAUGAACAUUGCCCUCCAUACAAGCCUUUCACUAACCCACAGAGAGAUAUGCAGCAGACCCCAUUACAAGUGAAAUCUUCCAAAGAAAGCUACUCAAAUUAUUGUGUUCACUUGUAAGGGUUUAUUGAGCUAAAUUUCCCUGGGUGCGUAUUGAAUCUAUUUCUCUUUGUCAGUUGAAUUUAGAACAUUUUUGGCCAGCAAUUGCAGUUCUUGAUGAUAAUCUCAGCCUCUUUCUGUGGAGUAUUUUUAAAGGUGGUUGUCUUCUAUUGAUUUAUUAGGAUCACACAUUAGUGGUCUCUGCUAUAGUCUGCUCCAAUAUUCUACUGAAUCUUAUAUUAGCUUCUGUGUGCAAUGUUUAGCAUAUUUUCUAAUAUAUUGACAGUUCCUUGCAAUUACAAACCUAUGUUUCUUAACAGAGGUAGGGGUUCAUUUAUUGGCAGUGGUAUCCUGUAGAGCUGUCUGGGUUGAGUGCAUUAACUAGGACUUGUGAAACACAGGUGCUAACAACUAUCUCAGCCAACCACUGGCCAUUUAUAAGAACAUGAUGCUACUGCUGCUGCUGGGCAAAACAAAUAAAUACAAAAUUGCAAAAAAACUAACUGAAACCCUCAGGAUAGUCCUUUUUUUUAAAUUCAACCGGCAGACCUACAGAAUACAUCUGCCACACGUUGUAAGAGCUGACAGUAAUUGGCUACUUUUUUCCACCAGGUUUAAAACAAUAGCAACAAAAAAAAUAAAACAAUAAGGCGAAACAGCGUUAUUGAAGAGCCUGCUGGCUUGCCUUCUCUCAACAUCUUAAUGAUCAGUCGUGUGAACCAUUCACAACCAACCUGUUUAGGCCAUCGUGGGUACUACAACCAAUACAUCUCAGUGAGUGCAUAGAGUUUCCUACUUUGAAAAAGUUUGUUGUGGAACAUUUGUCUUUAAAUGUUUUAUAUUUUGUACAUUUGUAUGUAACAUAUCAUGUAAAUAGACAGAAACAGUGAUUUCAAUCAUCUGAAGAAUUUUGUAGUCUUUGUAAAGCCCUGAUAAAUAGUAUUUGACGUCACCAGGGUAAACUGGAUGAUGUAUUCCUAUUCUUUUCUUUAAGCUAUACCUGUAGCUUGUAAACCAGUUGCCCUAUAUUUUUAGCAGAUGUGCACACUGUAUCUGUCUAAAUUAUUACAUUUGCCAUUAAAAGUCAUUAUUUAUUGAAA